UAAAGAGCAACUGGCCAACUUGGCACCGGCCAAAUACCCAACCCCAAAUAAAGAUCGCGCCUUAGUGUUUAAUCGAUUUUCUAAAUCAAGACCCAUCCCAUUGUCAGUACUGAGUCAUCAGUACGAACACAUAUAUUCGAUCUGCUUACCACCUGGUGCGCCUACUUCGCCGUUGUAGCUGCUGUGAUGGCCGGCCAAGGUUGAUCAAAGCUGCCGGUGGCGAUUUCUCAACCUCCGAACUACGAUUUCGGCCGCCGUUCUCAGCCGCAACUAGUCGCGCUUCGUCAAUCUCCUUGUUUGGCGUAUCUAACUCGCCGGUUAUCUCGGCAGCCAUGUCCAGAUCUAGAGUAUACGCAGACAUCAAUGUGGUUCGCCCCAGGGAGUAUUGGGAUUACGAAUCGCUCACUGUCCAGUGGGGUGACCAGGAUGACUAUGAAGUUGUACGGAAAGUCGGAAGAGGAAAAUACAGUGAAGUUUUCGAGGGUGUAAAUGUCAACAGCAACGAGAAGUGCAUAAUUAAGAUUCUGAAGCCUGUUAAAAAGAAAAAGAUUAAGAGAGAGAUCAAAAUAUUGCAGAACCUCUGUGGAGGAACAAAUAUUGUCAAACUCCUUGACAUUGUCAGAGAUCAGCACUCAAAAACUCCAAGCUUGAUAUUUGAGUAUGUAAACAGUACAGAUUUCAAGGUUUUAUACCCGACAUUAACAGAUUAUGACAUACGCUACUACAUAUAUGAGCUUCUCAAGGCUCUGGACUUUUGCCAUUCACAAGGAAUAAUGCAUAGAGAUGUUAAACCUCAUAAUGUUAUGAUUGACCAUGAAUUAAGAAAGCUUCGAUUGAUUGAUUGGGGCCUCGCUGAAUUUUACCACCCAGGCAAGGAAUAUAAUGUCCGGGUGGCUUCAAGAUAUUUUAAGGGUCCUGAACUUCUUGUUGACUUGCAAGACUAUGACUAUUCUUUGGAUAUGUGGAGCCUUGGGUGCAUGUUUGCUGGAAUGAUAUUUCGUAAGGAACCUUUCUUUUAUGGGCAUGAUAAUCAAGAUCAGCUUGUCAAAAUUGCCAAGGUUCUUGGAACGGAUGAGUUGAAUGCAUAUCUGCACAAGUAUGGAUUAGAGCUUGAUCCUCAACUCGAAGCUAUGGUUGGGAGGCACAGCAGAAAGCCGUGGUCAAAAUUUAUCAAUUCUGAUAAUCAGCAUUUAGUAUCACCUGAGGCCAUAGAUUUUCUUGACAAGUUGCUUCGGUAUGAUCAUCAGGAUAGGCUUACAGCCAGAGAGGCAAUGGCCCACCCGUAUUUCUUGCAAGUGAGAGCAGCUGAGAAUAGCAGGAUGAGAGUGCAGUAAUGUCAGUCUUUGUGAUGCUUGGAUGAAAAGGAUCUUGUAGUCAAAAGAUAAAUCUGCAGUCCGCUGUGAUUUUAAAGUUUAAUGUAACCAUUGAAGAUGUAUAUCUUUUUAACAUUAUGUAGGAAGAAUGUGUUCACUCCAUAAAUUUGACUUGUGGAUCAUCUAUUUAUUUUUUACUUGCAAUUGCUGUGUACGUACUCGGUGUAUGCGUUGAUGUGAAAAUCUGGAAUGAGCUUGAACAAAAACGAAAACAGGUGGAUAAAGAACAGUCUGGCUGCAUGGGUGCAUGUUGUUCCAAUUUCGGUUUCUCCAA